AUGGAUCGGACCCUCUCUAUGAUCUCAGCCUCUGCUCUUCUUUGGUUUAUUUUAGGGUUCUAUAAUCUGUCAAGGGUUUAUGGAAAUGCUGAAGGUGAUGCAUUGAAUGCUCUAAAGACACAAUUAACUGAUCCGAAUAAUGUUUUGCAAAGUUGGGAUCCGACCCUCGUCAAUCCGUGUACUUGGUUUCAUGUUACAUGCAAUGGUGUGAAUAGUGUCACUCGAGUUGAUCUUGGAAACGCAGAUUUGUCGGGUCAACUGGUUCCGCAGCUUGGUCAACUUACGAAUUUACAGUAUUUGGAGCUUUACAGUAAUAACAUCACUGGAAGAAUUCCAAGUGAGCUCGGAAACUUAUCAAGCUUAGUGAGUUUGGAUCUUUAUCUGAACCAGUUAGAAGGUGUCAUUCCAGAUUCAUUGGGCAACCUUAAGAAACUCCGUUUCCUUCGUCUCAACAACAACACUUUAAGGGGAACCAUUCCAAAUUCGUUAACUACCAUAGAAUCCCUACAAGUUCUUGAUCUAUCAACCAACAAUCUGAGUGGAACGGUCCCUGUAAAUGGGUCAUUUUCACUUUUCACACCCAUCAGUUUCGCCAAUAAUCCUAACUUGACGGCUCCGCAAAAUGUUCCACCAACUCCUGCUCCACCUAAUUCCCAAUCUACUUCAGUCGCCAACAGUGCCACUGGAGCUAUUGCCGGAGGAGUUGCCGCUGGUGCUGCUCUACUUUUCGCAGGUCCGGCAAUCGCACUUGCUUGGUGGCGCCGCAAGAAACCUCAAGAUCAUUUCUUUGAUGUACCGGCCGAAGAGGACCCCGAAGUUCAUCUGGGACAACUGAAGAGGUUUUCUCUGCGUGAACUACAAGUUGCAACCGAUCAUUUUAGUAACAGAAACAUUCUUGGCCGAGGUGGAUUUGGUAAAGUUUACAAAGGGCGGUUAGCCGAUGGCGGUUUGGUGGCCGUAAAACGGCUGAAAGAGGAGCGUACUCAAGGUGGGGAAUUGCAAUUUCAAACGGAGGUCGAAAUGAUCAGCAUGGCAGUGCAUCGGAAUCUACUUCGGCUGCGAGGAUUUUGCAUGACACCAACCGAACGACUGCUCGUUUAUCCCUACAUGGCUAAUGGCAGUGUUGCAUCAUGUUUACGAGAUCGACCGGCUACACAAGCUGCACUUGAUUGGCCAAUAAGGAAACGGAUCGCACUGGGGUCCGCAAGGGGCCUUGCUUAUUUGCACGACCAUUGUGAUCCUAAGAUCAUUCAUCGUGAUGUCAAAGCUGCAAAUAUAUUGUUGGACGAGGAGUUUGAAGCAGUGGUAGGAGAUUUUGGGUUGGCUAAGCUCAUGGACUAUAAGGAUACUCACGUUACAACCGCCGUUCGUGGUACGAUCGGACACAUAGCGCCAGAGUAUCUUUCCACCGGGAAAUCGUCAGAAAAGACCGACGUUUUCGGGUACGGUGUGAUGCUUUUGGAACUCAUUACCGGGCAGAGGGCUUUUGAUCUUGCUCGCCUUGCCAACGAUGACGAAGUCAUGUUGCUUGAUUGGGUGAAAGGGCUGUUGCGGGAUAAGAAGCUGGAGACACUGGUGGAUGCCGAUUUAGAGGGUAAUUAUGCGGACGAUGAAGUGGAACAGUUGAUACAAGUAGCUCUUCUGUGCACACAGAGCACGGCAUUGGAGCGACCGAAGAUGUCGGAAGUGGUGCGAAUGCUGGAAGGGGACGGGUUGGCGGAGAGGUGGGAGGAGUGGCAGAAAGAAGAGAUUUUCCGGCAAGAUUUCAACCACACGCACAAUCAGAACAUGGAUUGGAUCAUGGCAGAUUCAAAUUACAACGUCUCCAACGAGCAAUUGUCUGGUCCCAGAUGAUCAAACUUCAAAUCCGCCCUUUUGUUUCUGGUUGUGCAUAUCGAUCCCUUUUCGUUCAUUACAAUUGUGUGUAGGGUUUUUGUCGUUUUUUGCUCAUGUUUAUUAUAGGUUGAUGGUUGCUUUUGCAGCACCAAUAUAUUUGCUAAUAAACACAUCAUGUUGGUAUCCCCAAGAACACGUUGAAUCCAUAAAUGUCAAAAGGAAUAUUGCUGUUUACACC